AAUAUAAAAUAGAUACUGGAACAGUUACAAUAUGACUUCAGCUGCAAGUGGAUCAAAGUUUUGGGUCCAGCUAAAGCAAGCAGCUGUAAUUGUCAAUGGGGGCAUUCUGUUGUUUGGAGGUAUCAACUUGUACAGAGGCAAUGAGAAAUUUUAUGAAGAAAUUGGCAUGCCCUUGUUUCGGGUGUUUGGUGCUGAGACAGCUCAUAACUUGAGCAUAAAGCUAGCCAAGUACAAAAUUGUUCCACGGCCGAGUGUACCAGACCCACCUGCUCUGAAAACUGAGCUUUGGGGGCGAUGUUUUCCCAACAUUGUAGGACUAGCUGCAGGUUUUGACAAGCAAGGGGAGGCUGUGGAUGGACUGCUCAAAAUGGGCUUUGGGUUUAUUGAGGUCGGCAGUGUCACGCCUGAACCACAACCAGGCAAUUCAAAGCCUCGAGUUUUUAGAUUAACAGAAGACAAAGCAGUUAUAAAUAGGUACGGCUUCAACAGUGAGGGACAUGAAGCUGUGUAUGAAAGACUGGCUAAAAGACAUUCAGACAAUCCAUCAGAAAAUGGCAUCCUUGGCAUUAACCUGGGGAAAAACAAAACCUCUCCUGAUGCAAUAGAUGAUUUUAUAAAGGGUGUGAGGAAACUUGGGCCCCUUGCAGACUACCUGGUGAUCAAUGUCUCUAGCCCCAACACACCUGGCCUGAGGGACAUGCAGCGCCAGGAGGAGUUGGCACAGCUGUUGGAAAAAGUGAUUGAAGAAAGAAACAAGCUGACAGUUAAUCCCAAACCCCCACUGCUAGUGAAGAUUGCCCCAGAUCUAACAGAGGAUGAGAAGAAAGAUAUUGCAACUGUCAUAACUAGACCUAAGAGCAAGGUUGAUGGGAUGAUCAUCAGCAACACAACUGUAGCCAGGCCUGAGUCUCUAGUCAGCAAGAAUAAAACAGAGACUGGGGGUCUGAGUGGAGCACCACUGAAAGAAAAAUCUUUGCAAACAAUUUCUGACAUGUACAGGCUAACAGGGGGUCAAGUUCCCAUCAUUGGAGUGGGUGGCAUCAGCAGUGGCAAGGAUGCGUAUGACAAGGUCAAGGCUGGCGCAAGUCUCAUCCAGCUAUAUUCAGCUCUGGUCUACCAAGGGCCACCAGUGGUCACCAAAAUAAAGAGGGAGAUGGAUGAGCUCUUGAGGAAUGAUGGGUACCAGCACAUCUCAGAAGCUGUGGGUGCAGACUCUAAAACAAGUCCUUCCAAAAAGGUGUGAGAUGAAGUGUUUUAUUUGUUGGUACAUAGAUCUUAUAUAUGAAUUUUUUAAAUAGCGGUAAGAGAUGAUUUUUUUUUUUUCAAAAGUGUAAAAGACUUAGUAUUUAAAAAUUAAUUUGCUGGAUCAAUUCUGAGCAAUGCGCUUUUGAAGAAAAAUGAAAAAAUAUAAACAAGUUUUAAAGAAUUUUCUGUUCAUCAUCUCAUCCUUAUCAAGACAAUGUUUGACCAGAUUUGUAGUUGUGUUACAGAGACAUAUUUGAUGAAUUUUUAUACUGCUGGUCUUCCUCAUGUCAUUGUGGACCUGCUGUAGAACAAGUUAGUGAAAUCAUGACCAAAUCUGUAUUUGGUUACACAGAUAUUAUGACUCAAGUCAGAAUAACAGGUUUAACUGCAUGUUAUUGAAAUUGAUAACAAGAAGCAAUCUGCUGCCCAUUUUAUUAGUUAUGGUCAAAACAGCUUGUUAGAUUUGGCAGUCUACUGCCCAUUGCAUAAGUUGCAAUCAAAGGUUUGUUAAAUUUGGCCUGAUUGUACUUUUCACAGGGACAAAAAUGUUUAUUCUUCAUUAUAGAAGUUUCUAAAUACAAGCAGUUGAUGUAAAUGAUGUUGAUACAUUACCAUCAUAACUUGGAUGUUCUAAGAAAAUUCAACUAUGUAUAAUUUAAUGUAUGCAUUAGGUAUUAUGUUUUGUGGUUCAUUACAUAUCAAAGAUAAUUUAUGUAAAUAAUGUAUGAUGAUGAAUAAGUUGUUUGUUAAUGUAAAUAUAACAUUUAUAUUUAGUAAAGGUGUUGCAUGAAUAAGCUAACGUGACUCACCCUAAUUUUGCUCUGAGUGUUUGCUUUUUACAUGAAAUGAUAAAAUUUAAUAAAGUGCUCAAUUGAAAUA